AUGGAUCCGCUGGUGGGUGCGAUUGACCAGGGCACGAGCUCAACGAGGUUUCUGGUGUUCAAUGCCAAGACUGCUGAAUUAAUCGUUCACCACCAAGUGGAAAUUAACCAGAAUUUUCCAAAGGAGGGGUGGGUGGAAGAGGACCCUAAGGAAAUAAUACAAUCAGUCUAUGAAUGUAUUCAGAAAACGUGUCAAAAACUUGGUCAGCUCUGCAUUGAUAUUGGCAACAUUAAAGCUGUAGGUGUGACCAAUCAGAGAGAGACAACUCUGGUUUGGGACAAAGAUACUGGAGAACCUCUCUAUAAUGCUAUCGUCUGGCUAGAUCUUCGCACACAAUCUACAGUCGAGAAUCUCAUCAACAAAGCACCAGGCAAAAACAAGAAUCACCUCAGGCACAAGACAGGCCUUCCCAUCAGCACUUACUUUAGUGCAGUAAAGCUACGUUGGCUGCUGGACAACGUGGACACAGUGCAGCAGGCUGUGCUGAGUGGACGUGCAAUGUUUGGUACAGUGGACUCCUGGAUCAUCUGGUGUCUGACAGGUGGCAACAGUGGAGGAAUCCACUGCACAGAUGUUUCGAAUGCUAGUCGCACUAUGCUCUUCAAUAUUCACACUAUGGCGUGGGAUCAUGAGUUGUGCAGUUAUUUUGAUAUUCCAAUGGAACUUCUCCCCGAAGUCAAAAGCUCCUCUGAAAUAUACGGCUGGAUGAAAACAACAAGCCUUGAAGGAGUUCCAAUCUCUGGGUGUCUCGGUGACCAGUCAGCGGCCCUAGUUGGUCAAAUGUGCUUUGAGGACGGCCAGACUAAAAACACCUACGGAACGGGUUGCUUCAUGCUCCAAAAUACAGGAAAUAAGCCCGUGAUGUCAGAACAUGGCCUGCUGACCACAGUUGCCUACAAGCUAGGAACGGAUAAGCCUCCUUGCUAUGCACUUGAGGGCUCAGUGGCUAUUGCUGGGGCAGUAGUCCGUUGGCUCAAAGACAAUAUGGGCAUCGUGCAAUCAUCUGCAGAGAUUGAGCAAUUAGCCGCCUCUGCAGGGACAUCUUACGGCUGUUAUUUUGUGCCUGCUUUUUCUGGGCUUUAUGCUCCAUAUUGGGAGCCGAGUGCACGAGGCAUUAUCUGUGGCCUCACACAAUUCACCAACAAGAGCCAUUUGGCUUUUGCGUCUCUUGAAGCUGUUUGCUUCCAAACCAGAGAGAUCCUUGAUGCAAUGAACAAGGACAGUGGUGUCCCUCUGGUGCAGCUGAAGGUGGAUGGAGGCAUGACAGCUAACAGAUUACUGAUGCAGCUACAGGCCGACAUUCUUGGCGUAGCUGUCGUGAAACCCUCCAUGGCGGAGACUACGGCGCUAGGCGCAGCAAUGGCAGCAGGGGCUGCAGAGGGAGUGAAUGUCUGGAGCCUGAAGCAAAGUAAUCUUCCACAUAUCACCUCGGAAAAAUACGAGCCUCAGAUCAACUCUGAUGAAAGCGAGUUCCGAUUUGCUCGCUGGAAGAAGGCCGUCCAAAGAUCGAUGAACUGGGAGACCUCAGAAACCGAUGACUGUCACAAUGCGGGACUCUUUAAUUCUGGAUAUUUCAUCUUGAAUGCACCCUCUUCCUGCCAGGUUUAG